AUGGCGUCGUCACCUUCAACAUAUUUUUUACCAGGACCACAAUCUACAUCAUCAUUACUCGGUUCAAAAUCUAUACUAAUUAAACAAUCUCCACCACCAAUGAUUCAUUCUGUUCAUCAUCAACAACAACAUCAGCAACAAUUCCAACAUCCACUUCAUCGACCAUUCAUAUCAUCACAUUCACAUCAACAAAUUAUGAAAUCAAUACCUAAUAAUGAUACAUUUCAUCCAUUAACAGUUACAAAUUCUAAUAAUGGAACUUCAUUAAUAACAGCUAAUCACAACAAUAAUAAUAAUAAUAAUAAUAAUAAUGAUGAUAAUAGUGGUAGUGGUUCAAAUGGCCAUAGUCUUUCACAAAGUAUGGAGUCAAUAAACAAUAUUGGUUUACCAGAUGAUGAGGUUCGUACAUUGUUUGUAUCUGGUUUACCAAUGGAUGCUAAACCACGAGAACUUUAUCUUUUAUUUCGUGGAUUUAAAGGUUACGAAGGCAGUCUACUAAAAGUAACAAAUAAGAAUGGUAAAAAUUUGUCACCCGUUGGAUUUGUUACAUUUACAAAUCGUGUUGAUGCUGAAACUGCUAAACAAGAACUUACAGGAGCUCGAUUUGAUCCAGAUCUUCCAGCAACACUUCGUCUUGAAUUUGCUAAGUCAAAUACAAAAGUACAAAAACCUAAACAUUCAAUGCAAAAUCAGAUGACAACUGCAACUCAACAAUUUAUUCAAAUUCCGCAAGAACUUGGUGCCACUUUCUUUCCAACUGAAGCCUGGGGUCAACCAUUAACCUUUGAUUUAGCCUCAGCUGGUCUUCAUCAUCCCGCAUUAUUACAUACUGCUUUACAUGGACCACCAAUGAAUUUAGGACAUCCAAUGCAAGGAACACAAGGUAUGAAUCAAAUGCAACAAUCAAAUCAGACUGUUACUGUUACUAAUGGUCAAUUAAAUGGUGGUUGUUCGACAUUAUUUUUAACUGGCAUACCUGAACAUGAUUUUAAGAAUAUGUCAUUUGCUUUGCCUGGUAAAGCUCUUUGA